GGGUUGUUAAUCAAUAACUGCACCGAGCUGAGGACUAAUUGUCGCCUCUGUUAUCUCAGUGUAAACAUCUGACGGGGCAGGGCGUCUUUUGUGUUCUCUUUUGUCUCAUGUUUUCAUCUCUCAUGUUUUUAGGUUCCACGUGUGUGUCCAGAGUUUGCCCUUUGGUCAGAUGGUUGCUAAGAACCCCAUGUUCUUCCUGCAGAUGAUUCUGGAUAUGGCCGAAUACGCCAAUCAGCUCAUCAGGCUCAGCAACAAAGGACAGAUUUUAGGCAGUAAGGCUCAGAGCGGCGUCGUGCAGUACGAAGCAGUGGAGCUGCUCUUCUGUCUGUCCUUCCUGCUGGUGAUGUCACAACAUCGUCCGCUCUACAAGGAUCUGCUCCCACACCUGCACAAACGUUUCUGUGAGGAGCGGGUAUAUGUGGCCGCCUGGAGAAAAUGCGUCACACCCAGCGUCUCUUUUCAGGGUGCUCUGCCUCUUUUGUUACGGAGGUGAAAGAAGGCUGUUUUGGUGAUGUGGCUGACAUGACACAGGAGGGAGAGGGUGGGGUCAAAGACAAGUUCGAGGUUGCAGACUUGCAGAUGAUAGAGCCAUCGGUAUUGAGUGUGAAAUCCUGAGUGGGGUGGGUAAUGCGGGAUUUAUACUUCUGUGUCAAAUUGGCGCCAUACCCUACGCUGUAACCUGAUGUGCAACUCCCCAUAAAUGUAACUAUACAUCUGUCUCUGUAAGCUGAAACCAUUUCCCUCAGUGGAAACAAAGCUUUGAUUUACUUUAAUUUCACAGAUAAGAAACAAUAAAUUGUGAAGACAAUAAAGCCUCCACAAAAAUAGCAUUUUAAGUCUUGUGUGUGAUUUAUCCUGGCUUCAUAUGAGCAGAGGAAAUCUCUGCUAGCUGCUAGGCUAAUUUAUACAAUGUGAAAUGCCAUAGGCUUGUGCUAAUAACGUUAGCAUGUUGUAUUUGUUUGGAAAACGUGUUUAGUAUAAGACAAG